AUGGCGGUGCCGAAGCCAGGUGGCGGCCUGCUGUGCGACCUGCAGGCGGCAUUGCGGCUGAAGAUCGAGGAGCUGAUGGAGCGAGACGCGUUGAUCGAUGAGCUGGAGUCUGAGCUGGACGCCAAAGACCUCCUGAUCGGUAGUCUGCGGACCGAGCUGGAGCGCCGUCACGGCACCGCCUCCGUCGUAGGUGUAUCGCAACGCGCAAUUUGGCAUCCCGCAGGCAUCGCUCCGGCAGCAACAACGACAUCGUUGUCGUCAGACGAGCCCCAGCGAACCAAGAGACAGGCCAUCUCGGCAGAACCCAGCGCUCUGGACCCGUCCCGGCUGACUGACGUCGCGCUCACCAGCUACCGCAAGAGCAAAGAAUCCAGCGAACUGAUCCAGCGAGCACUAAUGGAUAAUGACUUCAUGAAGCACCUGGAACACGGACAGAUCAUGACCAUCCUGGACUGCAUGCGGCCCGCCGUCUUGGACAAAGGCUGUCGCGUCAUCAGGGAGGGCGACGACGGCUCCAGCGUCUACGUCCUUGAGGAGGGCACGGUGGAGGUCAGUAAAGAAGGAAAAAAGUUGUGCACCAUCGGACCCGGUAAAGUCUUCGGAGAACUGGCUAUUCUAUACAACUGCACGCGCACGGCCACGGUGACAGCGCUGACCGACAUCAAGCUGUGGGCAAUAGACCGUCAGGGCUUCCAAACCAUCAUGAUGCGGACCGGCCUCAUCAAACAUUCGCAAUACACCGACUUCCUGAGGAGCGUUCCGUCCUUCCAGGCCCUUCCUGAAGACGUUCUCAGCAAGUUGGCUGACACUCUGGAGGAGACUCACUACAAUGACGGCGAUUACAUCAUCCGGCAGGGUGCUACCGGGGACACCUUCUUCAUUGUCAGCGAAGGUCAGGUGAUCGUGUCGCAACAAAGCGCCUCCAGUGGCGAACAGGUGCCGCCCAAGACGCUGUCUACGGGCGAUUGGUUUGGAGAGCGGGCACUGAAAGGGGAAGACGUGCGCACGGCCAGCGUGACUGCAGUGGGCGCCGUCACUUGUCUGGUGGUGGACAGAGAGUCCUUCAAGCAGUUGAUCGGCGGCUUGGAGGAAGUCAACGACCAGCAGAGUGACGACGACGACGACUCGAAAGCCAAACGUCUGGCGGACGACAACUUCUUCUCCAGACUGACGCUGGAUGACUUCGACGUGGUCUGCACCUUGGGCGUGGGGGGCUUCAGUCGCGUGGAGUUGGUGCGCCUGAAGAGCGACGGUGUGCGCUCCUUCGCCCUCAAAGUCUUGAAGAAGCGCCACAUCCUGGACACCAGGCAGCAGGAACACAUUCUGUCGGAACGGCGCAUCAUGAUGGAGCUCCACAGCCCCUUUGUCAUCAGGUUGUAUCGGACCUUCCGGGACCCAAAGUAUUUGUACAUGCUGCUGGAGGUUUGUCUCGGCGGCGAGCUCUGGACGCUUCUCCGAGACAGGGGCUCCUUUGACGACGGAAACACCAGAUUCUACGCGGCUUGUGUGUUGGAGGCCCUGGCAGAACUCCACUGUAAGGGCAUCAUCUACCGUGACCUCAAGCCGGAGAACAUCAUCCUGGAUCACCGAGGCUACGCCAAGCUGGUGGACUUUGGCUUCGCUAAGAAGGUGGGCCUAGGGAAGAAGACCUGGACCUUCUGCGGGACUCCCGAGUAUGUGGCCCCGGAGAUCAUCCUCAAUAAAGGUCACGACAGCUCGGCCGAUUGCUGGUCCCUGGGGAUUCUGAUCUUUGAACUCCUAAGCGGAAGUCCGCCGUUUUCUGGCUCCGACCCCAUGAAGACAUACAAUGAUAUCCUGAGGGGCAUUGACAUGGUGGAGUUCCCCAAAAAGAUUACCAAGAGCGCCGCCAGCCUCAUCAAGAGGCUCUGCAGGGACAACCCUUCGGAGCGAUUGGGGAACCAGAAGAACGGCGUCAAGGACAUCCAGAAGCACAAGUGGUUCGAGGGCUUCAACUGGGACGGCCUGCGCCAGGGAACCGUGGAUUCUCCCUUCAUGCCGACGGUGGAUGGGCCACUGGACAACAGCAACUUUGAUGAUUUUCCUGCGGAUACGGAGGACCCACCCCCAGAUGACGAGUCGGGCUGGGACCAGGAGUUCUGA